ACAAAACUGCACUUGUACCAUGACACACAUACUGCACCGCGAAACAGGCGAUCACAGCAGAACUCAACCGGGACCACCUCCCGCUGUCCGACCUCCUCCCACGUGGCACCAUCUAGCUGGCGGUCAUAUUUAUUACGUGCCUCCACACGUCACCAUCAUCCCACCCUAAACACAAAAUUCAUUUAGUAUUUUAUUUUUCCGGUCAAAAGUUAAGAUUAUGAAAUUUUAUCUUAAUCCGGAAAAAGAAAAAAAAAGGGAAACAAAAGCGAAAAAUAAAGAGACUCCGACCACCCAGCCGUCACGUGGUUCCCGUAAAACUCACCAUCAGGGAGACCCGGACCCCCUGCCUUGUAGGCUCGGACAUCCGUUUGUCACUCCGAACCUCUCCUACAAAACAAGGCUAAACCCUCCCGAAUUAAUUUUUCCCCCAAAUAUCAACCGCUAAACCCUAAUCAUUUAUUUUUAAUCAAAAUUGGCUCUCGCUCUAUGAAUAAAAUCUCUAAUUUGUUUACAGACACGCAGAGUAGAUACAGGCUGCACCCAAUUUUUCCACCUUCUCCCAGAAGCUACACAAUCAAAAAAUCCGAAUUCCCACUUGAAUUCUUGAUAAUUUCUUUUCUUCUCUCUCCCUCUUGAGUUUCUUUCAUGUGAAGCCACUCUUUUCUUUUUCCUCAACAACUGUGUCUGUAUUUACACUUAUCUGCAACUUUUGAUGCUGUCGCCAUUUAAGAUUCACGGAAAAGCACUUUCGCGAGUCCUUUAUAAGCCACCUUCUUCUGCAUUUUGCUGAGGCGGCGCAAAUUAGUUGGCAUUAUCGAACUCAGAAAAAAUGAAGCAUUUGUCGACGAAGGCGUGCGCUUACGGCGUCGUACUACUGCUAUCCCAUAUGAUCGCGGCGCAUGCGAUGCUCGACCCGAUCGAUUUCCUCGCCUUGCAGUCGAUUCGAAAGAGCUUGAACGAUUUGCCAGGCUCCAACUACUUCGCCUCCUGGGAUUUCACGUCGGACCCCUGCAAUUUUGCCGGCGUUUACUGCGACGGAGAUAGAGUGAUCGCCCUCAAUCUCGGCGAUCCCCGGGCCGGGUCUCCCGGCCUCACGGGUCGGAUCGACCCGGCCAUCGGCAAGCUCUCCGCCCUAGCCGAGUUCACCAUCGUUCCGGGUCGGGUUUUCGGGACAUUGCCUCACACUCUGUCCCAGUUAAAGAACAUGCGUUUUUUAGCAAUCAGCCGGAAUUUUAUCUCUGGCGAGAUUCCGGCAGGUUUGGGCCAGCUCCGCUCGUUACAGACGCUCGAUCUCAGCUUCAACCAGCUUGCCGGAAGUAUCCCAUUCUCCGUCGGAAAUUUGCCGGGCCUGUCUAACGUCAUUCUCUGCCACAACCGCCUCGUCGGUUCGGUUCCGCCGUUUGCUUCUCGAUCCCUAACCCGGCUCGAUUUGAAGCACAACUAUCUGUCCGGCUCUCUCUCACCGGUCGGGCUGCCGCCCUCUCUCCAAUACCUCUCGUUGUCGUGGAACAAGAUCAGCGGCCCGGUGGACCGGGUUCUAUCGCGGUUGAACCGUUUAAACUACGUGGACCUGAGCUCGAACCGGUUCAGCGGCUGCAUUCCGGGUAACGUAUUCAGUUUCCCGAUCAGCAAUCUCCAACUCCAGAGAAACGAAUUCUCCGGUCCAGUCCAACCGUUAGAUCAAGUGAGGAUCCCCACCGUGGAUCUGAGCUUCAACCGGCUCUCCGGUGGAUUAUCGCCACUGUUCUCAACGGUUCAGAAUCUGUUUCUGAAUAACAACCGGUUCACGGGUGAGGUGCCGGGCAGCUUCGUGGACCGGCUGUUAUCGGCCAGCAUAGAAAUUCUUUAUUUACAGCAUAAUUAUCUGACCGGGAUCGAGAUCAAUCCGACGGUGGAGAUCCCGUUGAGCACCUCUCUAUGCCUACAGUACAACUGCAUGGUGCUGCCCGUACAGACGCCCUGCCCGUUGAAGGCAGGAAGGCAGAAAACAAGGCCAACUGCACAGUGCAUUCGAUGGAAAGGGUAAGAUGGGGAUUUCACGUCUUUUUGCUUAACUCAAAAGUUUUUGUUAUUUUGGAGAAUAAUCAUUUUGAGGGAAAAAAGAUUAUUAUUUAUUUAAUUUUGGGGAUGAUAUUGGGUAGUAGUCACAUUUCAACUGUGGAUAAAUGAACCAGUGAGACACUCUUGGUGGCACUAAGCUUCUUUUGUAAUUACAACACUUAUUAUAUAUAUAUAGCUUUAUUUCA